GGGUUUUUAAUUAUAUUGUAUUUGGCUGCGGUGUGGGCGACACGGCUCCUCAAUGGCCAGCCCGCGGAGGAACAUUGAGUUGGAGCAUUUCGAGGAGAGGGACAAAAGGCAGCAGCGCUCGAGCUCCCGUCGCGGCGGAGGGGGCAGCUCCACUUGCAGCAGCAGCUCGGGCCCCAAAGGGAACGGGCUCAUCCCGAGCCCCGCGCACAGCGCCCACUGCAGCUUCUACCGCACGCGCACCUUGCAGGCCCUCAGCUCGGAGAAGAAGGCGAAGAAGGCGCGCUUCUACCGCAAUGGAGACAGGUACUUCAAGGGCUUGGUCUACCCCAUCUCCAGCGACCGCUUCCGCUCCUUCGACGCCCUCCUCGUCGAGCUCACCAGGUCUCUGUCGGACAAUGUCAAUCUUCCCCAGGGCGUCCGCACCAUCUACACCAUCGACGGCAGCCGGAAACUAUCCAACCUCGACGAGCUGGUGGACGGUGAAAGCUAUGUCUGUGCAUCCAAUGAGCCAUUUCGGAAAGUUGAUUACACUAAGAACGUUAAUCCUAAUUGGUCUGUCAACAUAAAAUCUGUGUCAUCUCGAUCGCUCACAUCUUUGACAUCUGCAAGAAGUGAACUGAAGGAGAGCAAAGACUUCAUUAAACCCAAGCUGGUAACCGUUAUACGGAGUGGAGUGAAGCCACGGAAAGCUGUGAGGAUUUUGCUCAAUAAAAAGACUGCUCAUUCCUUUGACCAGGUGUUGACUGAUAUAACAGAAGCUAUUAAGUUAGAUUCUGGAGUUGUCAAGAGAAUUUGCACACUGGAUGGAAAACAGGUUACCUGUUUGCAAGACUUUUUUGGUGAUGAUGAUGUUUUCAUUGCCUGUGGACCUGAGAAAUACCGUUAUGCUCAAGAUGAUUUUGUACUAGAUCACAGUGAAUGUCGUGUUAUGAAAUCCUCUUAUUCCCGUUCAUGUGGGAUAUCAAGGUAUUCUGGAUCUAAAAGCCCUGGAUCUAAAAGCCCCGGACCUUCACGUCGAAGUAAAUCACCAGCUUCAGUAAAGAGGGGUGGCCAUUACUCCAGUGCUUACUCUUCAGCAAAAUCCCCAGUAAAUGGAGCUCCAAGUAGCCAGCUUUCAACUCCCAAAUCAACAAAAUCUUCUAGUUCCUCACCAACAAGCCCAGGCAGCUUUCGGGGACUCAAGAUUCCACCACAUUGUGGGUCAACUUGCAACGUGAAUGGUGUGCCUGAACUAUCUCCUUGCCUGAGUCCUGAAAGUGUGAAUGGAAACAAAUGCUCAGGGACAUCAACUAUUCUUGAGAAAUACAAAGUGGGAAAGGUGAUUGGAGAUGGCAAUUUUGCUGUGGUAAAGGAGUGCAUAGAACGGUCUACUGGGAAGGAGUUUGCACUGAAGAUUAUAGACAAAGGAAAAUGUUGUGGAAAGGAACACUUGAUUGAAAAUGAAGUCUCCAUACUGCGCCAAGUGAAACAUCCCAAUAUUAUCAUGCUAAUAGAGGAGAUGGAUACUGCAACCGAACUCUACCUGGUGAUGGAGUUGGUCAAGGGAGGAGACCUUUUUGAUGCUAUCACAUCUUCAACAAAAUACACAGAGCGUGAUGGAAGUGCAAUGGUCUACAAUUUAGCCAGUGCACUGAAAUAUCUCCAUGGUCUCAGUAUCGUUCACAGAGAUAUCAAGCCAGAAAAUCUAUUGGUUUGUGAGUAUCCAGAUGGGACAAAAUCGCUGAAACUAGGAGACUUUGGACUAGCCACUGUGGUUGAAGGACCCCUCUAUACAGUCUGUGGCACACCAACAUACGUAGCUCCUGAAAUCAUUGCAGAGACAGGUUAUGGCUUAAAGGUCGACAUUUGGGCUGCAGGUGUCAUCACUUUCAUACUGUUAUGUGGGUUUCCACCAUUUCGUAGUGAGAACAAUGUGCAAGAAGACCUCUUUGAUCAGAUCUUGGUUGGAAAGCUAGAAUUUCCCUCUCCAUACUGGGAUAAUAUCACGGACUCUGCUAAGGAGUUAAUUAGUCUGAUGCUACAAGUAAAUGUGGAAGCGCGAUAUACAGCCGCUCAGAUUCUAAACCACCCCUGGGUGUCAGAUGAUGCCUCCCAGGAAAAUAAUAUGCAAGCUGAAGUAACAGGUAAAUUAAAGCAGCACUUUAACAACACACUACCAAAACAGAAUAACCCAACCGCAGGGGUUUCUGUCAUCAUGAACACAGCUCUAGAUAAAGAAAGACAAAUUUUCUGCAACAAGCGCUGUCAGGACUCUGGCCAAGCUGCUGUGGAUCAAACCACUAUGAUAAAUGCUGCAGCUCAUGAUCUUCCUGUGGUCGGGCUCAAAACUUUAUUUCCUGCUGCUUCUGAGCCACUCAAACUCUCUACGCACUCUGUCUCAUCAUGUCAUGAUGAUACUGCAGGAUUUUGAGACAAAUUCUACUGAAGUCCAUUGCUAGGUCAGGAAUUUAUCCACUACUAUUCACAUGCCCUCACUACUGUAGUUUGUUCACAUCUGUCUGAAAGAGAGGUAGGUAGUAUGUAUGUUAGCUUUUAGUACUUUGACCAUUAUAUUUGGACUUCCUUUUUUCAAAAUAAUAAUAAUUAGUGUUAAAUAUAAUUUUGAACAUUUUGGGAUGUGAAUGAAUUGAUCUGCUCUUGUGGUAAUUACAUGUUGACUUACAAACUUCUACAUAGGAAGAACCACUAAAAGGCCUUGCCCACCAAACUCUGGUCUUUAUUAAAGAUGCCAGGGGUCAACAACUGAGAAGAUGUAAUUCGUUUGUGUAACCUUAUGAAGUUCAGUUCCAGAGUUAUUCUGGAAAGGCAAGACUGGCCCUACUGGGCAAUCUGUACAAUAUUGAAAGACAACCUGAGUGAAUGUGUGCAGGGUGAGGGGACUUGUUUUCAAAAUAUUGAAACUAAAGUUUAGAAAACAUGAACUUAAACUGUGUGGCAUUGAAUACAAAAGUAAUGCAAUCAUCGGGCAAAUCAUUUUUCUCCUAUUAUUUUUUGGUAUGAAGACUGCAGUCAACAAAGCAUUUUUAAGCCGUUGUUGGUUCUGCACCAAUUCCCUCCUGGCAUUGUUAAACACUACCACAAAUUGUCUGGAAUAGAAGGCUGCUUGCAUGUCGUAUAACCUAAAUGGAGCCAUAUAUUCAAAGCAAGCCAACUAAAACAAUGAUCUACUUGGCCAACGACACAGAAUACUUUGGCCGUUUUGUGUUUUCUUCAUUAGCCCACUGUAUAACUUCAGGAAAACUGGAACUAUUUGGGAGCAGUUAUGCUAAAUGUGCAGUCAAGGUAGAUGGAUCUUUUAUCUUAAUGAUCUUUUAUCUUAAUGCUUGUUUCAGUAUUGUAUGUACUCUUGCUUAUUUCCCCUUUGCUCCUUUUAAACAAUUCUGAAUCAUUUUCUAUUAGCCUUUACCUUAGAACUGUAAGAUCUGCAAUAAACAUUCUUGAAAAGAA